AGCUUUGUGUCUGAUUAAUUCAAUGUACAGGCGACGCGUUAGUGGAGAAACCUUGUUAGAGGAAGCCGGAGGAGACUGAGCCGCCGCACAACAUCUGGAUUUACGCACGAAUAACACCUGGAGCCGCUGGUUUAUGAUCAGUAUUAUUAGCCUAAUGAACAGUGGGGGUGUUUUUUUAUUUUUAAAAGAUGAAGACGUGUUGAGGAUGGAUUGUUUGGAGUAAGAGUCUGCAUCACCGCGCGAUAGGAGGAUUGGUGUAUCCAUCAGCUGGAGUGAAAAAAAAAACAUCCGCUCACAGGAGGAGGAGAGAAGAUCAUGUCAUCAGAAAAACACGGUCUCGAUGACUCUGGCCGUCAGACCAUGCAGCCUCCUCCAUACCUCUCCAACCCACAGGAACCCAACGUACCCCAGCACCCCAACAUGCCUCCUGCGCCGGGCACCCAGCCCAGCUACCCCCCGCCACCCCCUCCCCCGGGCUCAGAGGGCUACCUCCAGGAAACUCAGUUCCACUACGGCCCGAUGGGGCCUCACGGGGCUCCGCAGGGCUACACCGUGCAGACCCAGGGACCCGGAGGCCCCAUGUCUCACCCGCCCGUCGGAUACCUCCAACCGGGCUACCCGAUGCAGCUGCAGCCGUGCACGGCUUAUGUACCCAUCUACCCAAUGGCGUCGGGUCAGCCCUACAUGCCAGCAGGAGGAACCCACCCAGGAAUCCAACCGGGCCAGAUUCAUCCCAUGCAAAUGCCGCCCGGCAUCACUCUGAUGGACCGCCGGCCGCCACACGACUACCUGCCCAUCGCCGUGCUCACCACCGUCUGCUGCUUCUGGCCGACUGGCAUCAUCGCCAUCAUCAAAGCUGUGCAGGUGCGUACGGCGAUAGCCAGAGGGGACAUGGUGACGGCGGAGAUAGCCUCGCGAGAGGCGCGCAACUUCUCCUUCAUCAGCCUGGCCGUGGGCAUCGCCUCCAUCGUGCUGUGCACCAUCCUCACCGUGGUGGUGAUCAUCGCCUCCCAGCACCACGACGACGACUGGGAGCCCUAGACACUCACGAGGGGGAAUUGUGGCAUCAAAUUAGCUAUAGCUGACUACUCUUAAUUGUCUGGUGGAAUAUAGGAGCUCUGAAAAAUGCACUCAAACUGCUAAAGCUUCGCUGGCCCUCUGUGUACAGCUACACACACACACACACACACACACACACACAUAUAUACACUUAUACUCACACACAUAGCUCUGACUUAACCUGCUGCUGUCAAACACACCAAAUGACCAAAAAAAAACGACCAAUCACAGUUGACAUUCAAACCAAACACAAGCAGCUGUCAGCCGAAGCCCAGAUUCUGUGCAGCUGCUGACAUGAGCGGCAGGAGGGAAACCAAACUCCUUGUAUUAACUAUUCAUUUGACGCUAUUUGAUUUCUAGGGCCUGAUGUAAGUAAGACGAGCGGACAGGCCACUGCGUGUUUCUACCUCGACAGGAGAAGACACCACACCCAAAGAGGUGUUUUAGGAUAAAUACACACAAGUCACUACACACGUUGUCCUCUUAAAAACAAACAAAAAAAGUGCCAUGUUGAAGUAGUGUUGUUUUCCCGAGUAGUGUUAUUGUCGCUGAUACAACUAGAGACUGUCAAAUGGAUUCAAAGCGCCAGCCGGGCUGAUCAAUACACAUUCAACACAACAAAAGGACUCGCAAAGUGACUCGCUGACCCCACACAGUAUUUAUUUUGCAUUUGUCGUCUGUGUGGACAUUUAAGCUGGAUGAUAUCAUGCAUAACUUAUGACUUCUGUGUCUGUUUAUUUAUUUAAAAGCUUUUAUUUGUUAACUUAUUCAAUAUCUACCCGCACUCUGACUUUUCUCUGCAGCUACAUGUUUGAUUUGGCUUAGAUUUGAUAUCUUAUGAUGUUGAUGUUGCACUUUAUAGUAACCGAGAUGACAUAGCUGCUUAGAUUCAUAGCUCUCAUAUAGUGCAUGAUCAAUAUAAAUUUAGGCUAAUGGGCUUUCGGUGCAAAAGAAAAAAAAAGAAAAAGCUUGUCUCCCGGCUGCUGUUGUUGGGAAUAUUUCAUAAAAGUUUCUAUUAGUGUGUGGUACAGUAUUUUUCAAAGUGUUGAACUUUCAAAUGGAGAAAAAGAGACGAUUUAGAUGACAAGUAUUUGACUCUUGGGAUGGAAAAUGGUAGUUUAGAAGUGUGUCGGCCUAUUUUGCGUUGCACAUCUCUUUGCUUUUUGCAUCUCCGACACAGUGUGUGAGACUUUAGUGCAACAUUAGACUCUUUGAGGCAACAUAACCCUGCAUGUCAUCCUGCGUUUGUUUCUGUUUUGGUCCCGAAUAUUGAGGCUGGAUGUGCGGCCGUGAGAUCACGUAACAUCGUCUGCCCCCCACCCCUCCUGUGUGAGCACAGUUUCCAUAGUGUUGCUCUAUUUGUAUGAGCCAACGGUGUCGUGUCACAGUAUGAACUGUUUGUUGAGGUUUCAGGGGGUCGGGGGGGAGAACUGAACAUGAAUGUUUCCAAAAAAGAGAGAGAGAGAAAAUACUAAUGCCUGAUGUUGUAUUGUAGCACUUUCUGCUCGAUGAAAUCUUUCCCCUGGUUCCUUUUCUCUCUCUUUCCGUCUGUCUCCCUGUCCACAUGAGUUAUCGGACCUAUUUACAUAUCUCUUCUCAUCCUCCCUUUCCUCUGUCGCUCCCCACGAUAAUGCUAUUUUUAAAAUAACUAUACAUAUACAGUAUAUUGAAAAGAUUACGUUUGUUGACGGUGAACAUAAAUAGAGACGGUAUGAAUACAUACAUUUAUUAUUAUAACGUCCUCGUUAAUUUGUGAUGUAUAAAAGUACAUGGAACACAUCCAGGUUUUUAUUUAUAAAACUUUUAUAGGUAAGAAGGAUAUUCAGUCAAAUGGUGCAGAGAACGAGACAUUGAAGAGAAUCUAAGAAUA